UGGCACGCCCUCUUUUUGUAAUUUGUUUGACCGGUAACGGAGGUGGCAAUAAGGAAUACGCCAUUUUGUUUUGAAUUGGCGUUGAGGUCUAUAGUUGCAAACAAUUUUCUCCUUUACAGGAAGUUAAAUUAAUCUUUUACACAGUGCUGUGUAGUUUAAAGGAAGGAGUGCCGUGUCAUCGACUGUGUUGUCAGUUAAUUGGUGUGUGCAGUGCGUAUGAUCGCCUCUGGAAGAGACAAAAUAACAGUUAGAAUUCAUAACAUGAAAAGAAGUAGUGAUAGGGACACUCCGCCUCGUAGCAAACGUUCUCGUUCAAGUAUGGGCAGGUAUGAUGAUAGUUCUGACGAAAGAAUCACCCCAGAUAGAAUUCGACGGCGUGGAAGCCGUGGACGUAGCCCUAGCCCUCGAGCACGAUACGUUUCGCCACAUCGCGAUGAUUAUAUGCGCCCACCAGAACGUUCUUACCCAUAUAAAGUCUUAUGUGUUAGUGCUUUGCAUGCUAAGGCGAGCGAUGAGGUUAUAAAGGAUACUCUUUAUAAAGAAUAUAAAAAAUACGGAGAUCUAAGUAUAAGAGUAACUCACGAUAUGGAUGAACGUGUUGCAUAUGUUUGUUUCCGGAAUGCUGAAGAUGCCAGGGAUGCAAAACAUGGAAAACCUCGUAUAAUAAUAUACGAUAAAAUUGCUUUGGUUGAGGCUGUGUAUGAAGUACCUCGUUCGGCUGAUAUAUAUCGCGGUAGACCACGUUCUAUUACCCCGGAAUAUGAUAGACAUUAUUAUUCUAGAUCACCUGAACGUAUGCGCCCUAUCGAUCGUUAUGAUAGAGGUUAUGGGCCACCGCCGGGUGUCCCAAUACACCGCGAAUAUAGACGCGAAGCAAUGCCUGCUCCCCAUCACGAUUACCUUGCUAGACCUCCCAUACACCACGGUCCUCCCCACAUGGCUCCUAUGCACGGGUACGGUCCACCUAGGCAGCACAUGCCACGCCCUCCUUUUGAACAAAAGGAAAAUAAAAAGGAUAAAUUUCCUAAUUAUUUACAUCAUAUACAACCUGAAGAAGAUCCUUUGGCUACUCGUACACUUUUUGCCGGUAAUUUGGAGGUGAACAUAACUGAAGAAGAGCUCAGACGAAUCUUCAGUAGGUAUGGGGUUGUUGAGGAUAUUGAUAUAAAAAGACCACCUCCAGGUACAGGUAAUGCUUUUGCUUUUGUCAGAUUUAAUACUUUGGACAUGGCUCAUAGAGCUAAAGUCGAAUUAUCUGGUCAGUAUAUAGGUAAAUUUCAAUGUAAAAUUGGAUACGGUAAAGCUACACCUACCACAAAAAUAUGGGUAGGUGGUUUAGGUCCUUGGACGUCAGUACCUCAAUUGGAACGGGAAUUUGAUAGAUUUGGUGCAAUAAAAAAAAUCGAUUAUGUAAAAGGUGAUAAUCAGGCACUUAUUUUGUAUGAUAGUAUAGAUGCUGCAACAGCAGCUGUUAAGGAAAUGAGAGGAUUUCCCCUAGGUGGACCUGAAAGAAGACUUAGAACUGAUUUUGCUGAUGUAACUCCUGGCAUAACAUACAGACCAAAACCACCCUAUGCUUCUGCUGAAGACUAUAGAGCCAGAGAAGUUGAAUAUGAUUUUGAUUAUGAUAGGGAUCCUUAUCGUGCUAGGCCUUUUCCAGAAAAGAGAGGAGGUAGUAGGGAUCCUUACAGGUAUCCUGAAGGAAGAGAGGACGAAUGGGGUAGAACACGUGAUCCUGAAUUUGAUAGGCAAAGAUCGACUUCUAGAGGAUUUCCUCGAUCUAGAUCUAGAUCACCGAGGCGGUCGCCUGAUUCGGAUUCAGAUAGUGGUUCACGUAGAGCUGGUUUAUUAGCAUCAAGCCGUACUUUACCAGAGGUAGCGAGGAAAUGCACUACAAUAUGGCAAGGUGCAUUAAUAUUGAAAAAUUCUCUUUUCCCAGCCAAGUUCCAUUUAAUGGACGGAGAUACGGAUAUAGUUGAAGGUUUAAUGAAAGAUGAAGAGGGUAAACAUCAAUUGAGAAUAACACAAAGACUGAGACUCGAUCAACCAAAGCUAGAAGAUGUCCAGAAAAGAAUAUCCAGUGCUAGUUCUCACGCAAUAUUUCUAGGACUAGCCGGUUCCACUGCUUCUGUUACUAAUGAUGAUGCUACAGUCCAAACGAGACCUUUAAGGAAUUUGGUUUCUUAUUUGAAACAAAAAGAAGCCGCCGGAGUAAUUUCACUUUUAAACAAAGAAACCGAGGCUACUGGAGUCCUGUAUUCCUUCCCUCCCUGUCCCUUUUCAACUGAGUUAUUAAAACGUAGUUGUCCAAACCUAUCCGAUGAAGCUAUAAAGGAAGAUCAUCUUAUUAUAGUUGUGGUACGUGGUGGUACAGCUUAAUUUUUAUUAUUAUUAUUUUUUUUUCUUCCUUUUUUGCUUAUACCUUUUAAUUUUAUUGAUAUACAUUAAGACUCAUGUGAAAAAGUAUAGUCAUUAUAUUUGGAAAAUUUUGUUUUGGUUUCCAGAAAAGUUUCUUAUUUUCUCUAAUUGAUAUGGAUGUGUAAGUUCAAAAAUAAUAAGCAAAGAUAUUUAUUGAAUUUAAAUAAUGUUGGGAAAAUUAAUUUUUUAUUUUGUUUCUUUGUUAUUGACGAGUAAAAUAUAAUUCAAAAAUUCAAAUGUAACAUCUCUAUAACCAAGACAACAAAAUAAGUUUCAAUUAAAAAUGUCUUAUUAGUCAAAAUUAGUCUGUUAUUAUAUACUCGUAAAUCAAAUAAUUAUUUUAGAAGUUGUAGGUAAUGAAAGUAAUAAAAAAUAUAGAUAAAUAUUAUUUCAGUUAUCAAUAAAUGAUAUUUUACUUAAUUAGAUUUUAAAAGUUUCGUUAACCUUUAAAUUGGUUGCAAUUAAGUGUUAAAAAAUUAUUUUCUUCAUCUUUUUACUUUAGAUUGUUAGGUUUCAUAUGAAUUGAAUCUUAAAUUGAAAUAUAAUUUAAAGGUUACAAAUCUGGAAAACUUUGUGGAUUUUUCUCUCAAUUUACGAAUUUCUGAAGUACAGUGAUGCUUUAAUUGAAAUUAUCAUUUAUAAUUUUGACUAUUGUGGAAACUAUUUGAUAUUAUGGCAUUCCCUAAUAUUUUUUUUGUAUGUAAAUCUGUUUAAUAUUAAUCUGUUUGAAAAAUUUAUCAAAAUAUCUGGUUUCGUAUCAAUUAAUUCUCAGGUUACCUCUUGAAAAUUAAUCCAAAGGUUAUAAAUCUGGAGAAAUUUGUGGAUUUUUCUUUCAAUCUACGAAAUUCUGAAGUAUAGUGUUGCUUUAAUUGAAAUUUCUUUUUGUAUGUUUAUUUCUAUAAAAAAAAUCAUUUUUGAAUUUAAUCUUUAAGCAUACUGAAUUAUUGUUGUUAUUUUAUUAUAAAAUAUGUUUAUUUAUUUAUAUGUACUAUGUAAAUGAGUAUAGUACAAAAAUUUUUAAAUUAUAAUUUAUACACAGCUUUUCUGAAAACCACCAAUAAGUUUAUAGGGUCAUUUCAUAUGAAAUCAAAUAUUAAAAUAAAAAAAAUUUUUUAUCCCCUCAGAAUUUAAUGAAGUUUAGUUUGAACGUUGCCCUUUUAAUCAGUUAUUUUUUAAGAGGUAUAGGAUUUGAUAUUGAAAAAAAAACACAAAAAAUUUGAAAAAAUUGAUGAAAUAUUCAUUGUAAUCGAUAGAACGAUCAGAAUAAUUUAAUGUUUGAAGAUGAUUUCAUGCAUAUGUUGACCGCGGAUUCGCUUUAGAUGGCCCAUGCACAAGGUCCAAUUUUGGCACAUUCUCUCCAACAUAUCUGCCGGUAUUUCACGCAUAAAUGCUUCAAUAUUGGUUUCCAAUCGUCAAUCGUUGCUGGUUUAUCCCUGGCGGCUCUCAAUUUGGCGUGCCGUGUGGCAUGUGGUACCGUCUUCUUGAAAUCACGUGUCAUGCAUGUCCAAUUCUUCUAUUUUGGGCAAAAAAAAAUCAUCAAUUAUCACACAGUGACAGUAACGUUUCGGCCAUCGUCGUUUUUGAAGAAGUACGGCCCGUUGAUGCCACCGUACCAAACAGUGACUUUUUGGGAUGCUUUGGUACCUCUUGCAAUGCUUCUGGCUGGUCUUCACUCAAGGUGCGGCAAUUUUUCUUGUUGACGUAUCCAUUCAACCAGAAAUGAGCUUCGUCGCUGAACACAAUUUUUUGAUAAAAAAAGUGGAUCUCCCUCCAACUUUGCCAGCGCCUAUUCACCAAAUGUUACACGUUGUGGGAGAUAGUGUGACUUCAAUUCUCGCACCAGCCGUUUUACACCUAAAUCCUUUCGCAAAGUUUUCAGAUGAUUCAGUAACAGAGGCCAAAAUGGCGAAACUGUCUUUCUCGCUUAUCUAGGCACGCGCUGUCCUUGAAAUGACUCCGUAGACUUGAUCUAAAACAUCUGUAGAGGAAUCUAAUGAAGUCUAAAAGCUCUACAAAAACAUGAUUCUUCUUUCUGUGACCCAAUGCGAUCGCGGGCCCUAUUGAUACGGGCAGGAAGCGGCCCGCGGGCCGUAUCUUUGACAUGACUGCUGUAACGGGUUGUGAUUACGACUUUCAUACUAAAUUUCGUUAAAUUUUGAGAGGGUUAGGUUUGUAUCCCGUUUAGAUUUGAUAUGGAACGAUCCUAUAUUCGUUUAUCUAGAAUUAUAUUAUUUGCUUCGGUACUAGUAAUUUAAAUAUUUUUACUAUACUUUUUGGAUUUAAACGAUAAUAGGUAUAGGGGAACUUAUCUAUUCACAUUAUAAUUCAGCGGUUUUCAGGGAAAGAGAGUCUCUAAUUAGUGCAGGCAUGUAAAAAGUAUAAUUAACAAAGGGUUUAUUUCAGGAAAUUGGUGAUCAACGGUAAAUAAACAAAACGUGUUAUAUACUAAAACGUUAUUUAUGAAGUGACAAAGGAAACUUAAAGUUAGUGCAGUUCUUUCUCAUAAGUUUCUGAUUAUUUUUUUCUUUUGAUGACUGCAUAGCUUCAAUGUGAAAGAACUGUAUACAUUUCGAGAUUGUGUUUAAAAGUAGUGAUGUGUAGUUUGUAUUAUUUUAUUGUAUAUUGUUAACUAAACAAAAAAAAUACCAUUUGUGACGAUUGUGUUCAGUUACGUGUUUCGAUUUUUUUUUUUUUUUCACAAUGGUACAUGCCCAUGUUUACCCGAUGUAAAAAAUGUACUCUAUACACUGUGUUGUGAAAUAGAUAGUUCUUACAAUAAAA